CACUAAUCUGCUCUUAAUCGGUCGAAUCGAGGAAGAACAAUGAUUACACGCGGAUUUCCAGCAACAUGUCAACCUGGUGCUGUGACGGCUUUUGUUUGGCCCCAACAUGAUUCACUGUCCUAUAUGCAUCACAACGGCAGGAAGAGGGAACAUUCAUCAGGAUUAAACCUGAUAGUAUUGGAGGAUUGUUAUUCGUUUAUAUUUCCAUGGUCAAAAAUGUACAAAAUGGUUACUUGACUGGCCCCGCAUAAUGACAAUAUAGGCUAAAAGUGGGAAUGGGUUUGAUUUUCAACCUUGGUAGUUUUAAUGUAAAUAAUGGCACUGGUGUUUCGUUAAAGUGAGACGAUUAGAAACGGAAUCACUUGCCUAAAGAGAUAAUACCUUUAUUCCUUGGUCUGUUUGCAACCCCCAAAAUCCGAAUAGGGGUCUCCAAUUCAUAUGCUAAAUUUUAAGAACCUCCGGUUUUAUUUAGUGACGUAUAUAAAUCCCAGAAUCGUUAAAAAUCGUAACCUGAGCGGACAGCUUCCAGAAGAUAGUUGGUUGACACUAUGGCUAUAUCUACAGUUAGUUGCCAGAUCAGGCAGGUUGACGCACGGCCAGUUUUCACCAUAGACAGAAUCCUUGGGUUGGAUUUGGACAGGCAAGAACUACGCAAUGUGUCCCUGAAGCUGUAUCGACCAUGGACAGAGUUGGAAACAACCAAACAGAGAAGUCACAUUACAGUAAAAGGAUCAUCGAAGUCUUCGUCGGAGAUUAAGAGAAAAGAAGAGGAACAUAAACUCAACUGUAAACACUUUACAGAGUCCCACAGGAGAACAUUGAAUUGGUACAUCGGGCGCAGGCCGCGGACGGCAUUCAGUAGUGCACAGAUUGAGGUCCUGGAGAGUGUAUUCCUCAUCAACUCCUACCCGGGUAUUGGCAUCAGAGAAGAAUUGGCACAGAGACUGCAACUGGAGGAGGACAGAAUACAGAUUUGGUUCCAGAACCGCAGGGCAAAGCUGAAACGUUCUCACAGAGAGUCACAGUUCCUCAUGGUGAAAAAAGCCUUUGCAGAUCUUAAGGACAAAGAGGAGGAUUAAUGCUAAAACAAAGACACAAAAAUAUUUACAGUACUUUUAUUCUAGGGAUCUCUCUCACUCUCUCUCUGGUAUAUGUCUAAUAUAUUAUAUUGUGUAAAUGUCAAUUUGUCUAGGGUAUGUACACAUUUUAAUAAACAGAUCAGAUCAUUGACAAACAAAAAGGCCUACCUUUGCAAGUGGUUCAUCAUUUGCAUUCAUGUUCUUUUCA